GGGACUGAACAAAGGGAGAAGAUGUGAUCAGAGUGGGGGAGGGGAGGAGCGGGCGCAGCAGAGGGCAGGGCAGCAGCAAAUCAGCCUAUCUUGGCUGCUGAUUCGCAGACGGUUUCUUCUGCCUUUCGCUUUUUCUGUCAUCAAAUAUCAAAGUCAGUUCAAUUGAUUUCUUUGAAAUAGGCCGAUCACCCAGGAGGAUGCGGAUCAUCGCUGACCUUGCAUCCCUUAGGGCCAAUUACAGGUCUAGGUGAUCAGGAUAUUACAGUUGGUCUGCGGCACAGUUGGCACAUUUUGCGGCUGCUCUAACAUUCAACUUUGCUAUAAUAUGUCUGAUUCCCCAAUCGAACAGCAAUUUUCUUUCUAAUUCCUACAUACUUUGUCCCAAAGAAAUUCCGCAGCAACCCUCACUGUUCCUGCAACUUGAAACUCAACCACUGCGGAAACCGGUGUAUAAACCUCGAGCAAACAUGCGAGGUCCGAGGUACUUGAGGCGCAUACAGGACUAUAUGUUUUGGAAAAGGCGACUUCAUUUGCUUCGAAGGCGCAGACAGCAUGCCCAUUUGUUGCGGGAAUCGCAAGAUUGCAAUCGCGUUUUACCUUCAGUGGAAUCCGACAUUCGGCUGAACAAUCAAACUGAGAAGUCAGGGUUGAAUGAUGCAGCAAGUCUUUCAGAUGCCUCUGAUGCUCCGCCCGACACUCGAUCCGACACUCAUUCUGAACCAGAAGAGAUCAGGGUGCGGGAGAUUAUACAAGAAGCAGUGGCAGCUCUACAGAAUGAAUCACAACAGUAUGAAGAGCCCGAAUCCGAACCCCAGUUACAGACUAUGUUACAUCCAGUGCACCCGGUUGGCAAUGGAGAUUCCGAUUUUCAUUCACGACUAGAGGAUCCGUUGGGCGACCAGCCAGCCGAGACCUACAUCCCGACUACAAUGAACGACCCGUCGGAGGUCCUAGUCCAUGCGCGUGCAGAGCCUGAUGAAAUGCUGCACCACUUCACGCUCGCUUUAGGAUUAUGGUGCGAAAAAUCAGGAAUAUCUCACCGACACUACCAGGCACUGCGGGAAGUCCUACAGAUUCCCGAAGACAUCGGUGUACUGAGAUCUCUACCAUUGAGGCUGAGCAUGUUGAAGAAGAAAUGCAGAGCUCAUCGGACGGACAUCAGGUGAUCUAUGUGUGUCAUGUGAGAGAGGGUGCUAAAUAGUUGGAUUAAACUACCUGACAGCGUACAGUCUGGAGAAGAUGCAUACGAAGAGGUUACGGGGUGCGGAGUAUGGAGUAUAGCAGGCUAGAAAUGUGUAUUUUCAGGCAGUGG